GACAUUUUCUUUGCUAAACCGCCAGAGAACAUGAAAAAAAUUGAUCUUUCCGAUCGAUUUUGAGUUCGGGUAAAUCUGUUAUCUGUUUGCGUAAGAGAAUGGAGGCUGUAAAAAAAGCGAAGCAGAGAUUGAGACAAUAUCCGAUUCUGUUAGCUCGGUGUCAAGAUUCGGCGUCAAAGUACGCGUCUUGCGUAUUAGCGAAAUCCAAUUUAGAAAAGAACGCUUGCGCCGCGGAGUUCAACGAAUUGAAAAAAUGUCUUGUUAAAGCCGCUGCGAGCAGUAAUACGAGAUUAUAAACGAGCUUGAUGAUUGGAUCA